GAUAAUCAAAAUGGCGGCCAAUGUGAAACACAUUGCAGCGCAAAUACCCAAAUUAACUCUUUUUUCGAAAACAAAUCGACGCUUAUUUGUUGGUAGAUUUCUCCAUGGAGCAAAGUUUACGAGGUGGAAAUGUCGGCAUCGUAACGCCACAAUGUCUGCCCCUCAGGCUUGCGAGGAAAGCACCUGGAGCGGUAUCGCUGGACCAGAGACUUUUGCCAAGGAAGAAAAACUGAAGUCCCUCAGUGAAAAAGGACUAAGAUUUGUUGGUGACAAGGCAAAAACAAUUGGACAACCAACACCAGAAUCGCACCCUCACCUGAUGGAGGAAAGUGAAAUCACCCCUGGAAUUACCAAGAAGGAAUACAGAGACAGAAGACACAAACUUCUAAGUGUACUCUCCAAGACACAUUUUGGUGAAACUCAUGAUAAGCAUUUGGUGGUUAUUCCAAGCAACCCAACGAAACAUAUGACCAUAGAUGUACCAUAUCCAUUUAGACAGAACACAGACUUUCUUUACUUAACUGGUUUUCAAGAACCUGAUGCUGUUUUAGUAUUACAAACCUUGGAGGGUCAGUCACUGCCUGCACAUAAGAGUACCUUGUUCAUUCAACCUCCAGACCCCAAAAGGGAGUUGUGGGAAGGUAAGAGGCCUGGAACAAAGGAUGCUAUUCUGUUUUUUGGAUUUGAUGAGUCAUACUCUAUCAAAAAUCUAGCUCCUGUUCUUAUUGACAGGUAUGCUGGAAAGGACUUCAGUGUGUGGUAUGAUUCCUUACGCCCUACUCACCCCAUGAUCCAUGAAGAAAUUUCCAAGGUUCUGUUCCGCUCAGAGAAGUUCAGUUAUAAAAACUUGUUAACUCUGGGUCACAAUGUUCAUAUGCUGAGACUGAUAAAAUCUGAAGCAGAAAUUAAACUUCUAAGACAAUCAGCCUCACUAACAGCUCAAGCCAUUACAAAGGUGAUGAAAAGCACCCGUCCAGGGCUGGAGGAAUCUCAUCUACAUACCAUCCUUGAGUAUGAGUGUCGUAUGGGAGGGGCUGAGCGGCUGGCAUACCCCCCUGUAGUGGCCAGUGGUCCAAUGGCCAACACCCUUCACUACAUUAACAACACACAAGUUCUAAGAAACGGAGAGCUGGUCCUUAUGGACGCGGGAAGCGAGUACCAUGGUUACGCCAGCGAUAUCACCAGGACUUGGCCAGUCAGCGGUAAUUUUAGUGAGCCACAGAGGGAACUCUAUGAAGUGGUACUUAGAGUGCACAAGAAAUGCUUACAACUUUGUCAAAAGACGGUUUCUCUUGACUAUCUUCAUCAUGCCAUGUUGCUACUGCUUGGAGAGGAACUCAUAGGUCUCAAUAUGAUUCCGAAGAACUUGACCGAAAGUCAACUCAAAAAGGUUACCGCUGAAUUCUGCCCUCAUCACGUGGGCCACUAUCUAGGUAUGGACACCCACGACACGCACAUGGUGAGCAGAGGCUUGGGACUACAUCCGGGUAUGGUGAUAACAAUUGAGCCUGGGAUUUACAUCUCUGCGGAUAACACUAACGUACCAGAAAGGUACCGAGGGAUAGGAAUAAGAAUCGAGGACGAUGUAUUGAUCACUGAGAAAGGACCUGAAGUUCUUACGGCAGAAUGCCCAAAGGAGAUUGAAGACAUCGAAAGACUCAUGAACAACACAGAAAUCGCGAGACUUUAGACAACUUGAAAAAAUUAGCAUUGUCUAAUUGAGACAAAUUGGGCUAUUCAACCCACAAGUUUUUGUUACUGGUGAAACCUCUAUUGAAAAUCGCACCAAAGUGUUUAUGAUUUAGAAGUUGUUGUUUGCUGGUUGAUUUCUUCGCGAAUGUCAGCCGGUUUUUCUAUCUUCACAGUUUUAGCCAUUUCAUCCGAGGACUUAGCAUGUUUUUCGUUAUUUGUUAACUUUUUUUCUGCUGAGGCUUGGCUGCGAGAAAAUAAGGCGACGAAAGUGCGACGAUGAUGUGAAGAUAUUUGAAAAGUGAGAAGAUUUGCAAUUUUUGCGCAUGAGGUGAUGGUGAGGGAAAAUAGAACAAUGUGUUUCGCCAUGUUACUUUUGUAAGGAGCGUACGUGAUGGAUAACAGAUAGUGUCAAAAGUAGCUCGUGAGCCGACUUCGUUCCCUGGAACAUAAAGGACCCUGAGAACAAGGUUACCAAUAGAUUUUCUGUCACUGAUGUUAACAAACAUGGACGUAUUCUGUGAUUUAUUUCUGAAUAGGCAAACGGAAAAAUGGAACCGAAUUGUUUUAAGUAAGAGAAGAAAAGAACUGUUUAACCUUCUAGAUCAAUAUAUUUGAAAUGUGAACUUUUCUGAUUUUGUAAAUAAAGGUGACUUACAUUGGCCGUUAAACGACCGUUGA